UAAGCAGCAAAUCGAGUGCUAGCUCCGACCUUCGCAUAUUUUGCAAAUGAUUGUUUCCUUAAACACGUCUUGCAAAUGAUGCACAGUCUCCACCCUGAAAAUGCAUAACACAUUUAAAAACUGGAAGCAUAAGUUUGCAGAUCUGGCACCGGAUUUCGAUGUGACAUGUGGGAUAGCAGUUGUGAUCGUGUUGUCCUGCGUUCUUUCUGUCCUUACAUAUUACUCGGAUAUUUCUGACAACUUUUUUAGUUUGGAGUCCAGUGAUGUCCUCGGUGGCCAUGUCUACAAACUCUUCACCUAUUGCCUCUACCACAAAAAUAUGACCGGUUUGGUCCUAAGUGCCAUAGUGAUGUUGUAUCCCUGUACUGGACUGGAGAAAGGCGUAGGAACAGUACGAUUCCUUUACCAGUUACUGCUGCUGUCAGCCAUCAGUGGACUGCUGCAUGUGCUGCUGGAGUCAUUGCUGUUCUCCCCGUCCUAUAGGAGCUCAGUGAAUGGGCUAAUCCCAUUGGCUCUGUCCGUACUAGGAAGGGUGACCGUCAGUUCUGCUAUGCAGAAGGCAUAUCUUAUGGGCAUUAAUGUGCCCACUACGUCACUGCCCUGGAUUUUUUUGAUAAUUAUAACCCUCUUCUUCCCAGACACUUUCUUCAUUUGUAAUGUGCUUGCCAUUAUCACAGGCACAAUAUAUGGAAAGGGAUGGUUUUCAUUGUUAGAUAUGUCAGAACCUAGAGCCUCUGUCUUAGAGAAGAGGUUUCCCUUUCGUUUGCUUAAGCAGAUACCUGGAGUACAGUUCAUCCCAGCCUCGGCAGAAGAGUGUAAAAAGCGCCUUGACCUGACAGACAUUCCCCCAGGAUCAUACCCUGUCCAGGCCUACGCCCCAGUAAAUGCCGCCACUGGUCAACCCAACACUUUCAAUGGUUGGCCCCACUCAACAUAUCCCCAGCAAAACUACACAUUCCCCCCUCCUUUCACUGGAAGCUCUAAUAUCGGCAUUGGUCAUGGACAUCUUCAUGGGCACAGUCAUCAUCAGUUUCCUGUCCAUCACACUGGCAGCCCAUCAACGCCAAUGUCUCCUUAUGCUACGACUCAUUUAAGCCCUCCGUUUAACAUGACAGGGCAGCCGGUCUGUAAACUACCUCAGCCAGGAGUUCCAUUUACACCUCAAAUCUCUCAUUCAGAGUCUGGUGUACCAGUCUUUCCCCCAACUCCAUCAGAAUACUCUUAAUUUGAUUCCUUGUGCCAACAAUUUUGUUUCAGAUACCUCAUAUCUUGUUCCCAGGAACAAAUGUCUCCAUGUGUGCUAAAAAGUGGUUGAUAGACAUCGUUUAACAGUAAUUUGUUUUUGUACUUCCAUUUUACGUAGUUGUUAGGCUUGCUACAGAACAUUUAUAUCUUUUUGUACCUUAAAAUUAAUAAAUGGAAUACAAUUUUUCUAUUAUAUUUUUCGUGUGUAAAUGAAUGCCUUGUUAUAUUUAAAUAAUUUGAUUUGUACAGACAAAUAUACUUUGAA